CCAGACUGCCAUCAUGUCAUCAACUUUACUCUCUUUUGCCUUACUGGCUUUGAUUGGAUGCAGUUGUUCCACAACCCCAUUCAUUUUGGAAGCCUGUAGCGGUGCAAAGCCCGGAAUUCCGGCGGACAUUGUGGCCCAACGAGGGGCUGCCUUAUUCUAUGGGAACGAGUACAGAAGGAGACAUGGUGCCCAGCCACUCACCGUGGACCCCGCUCUAGAAACAGAAGCUCAAAAACAGGCAGAGUACAUGGCGUUAACCGGAACAUUCCUGCAUGGUGCGUAUUCCGCCGAUAAUUUGGCUAGGAUUCCAUGCGAUUCCGAAAUCAAACAACGAUUCCCAACAGAACCCACGAUUCCAGGGGCUGUUUUCCGGUGGACUUUUGAAUUGCCGUUCCGCUGUAAAAAUCUAGCCGUUAAUCAGUCCGUUUUAGUGGGGGAUUCAAUCGCCAGUUUUUCCAGAAUGGUAUGGAAGGCCACAGAGCAGGUGGGAUUUGGCGCCUCGGUCACAGCAGAUGGAUACAUCAUCGUUGUGGCCAAGUAUUUUCCACCGGCCGGAAAAGGUCCCGAUGUCACCGUAAGAAACGUCCAUUGUGAGAUUGUCGAGUAAUUUUAUUAAUGUUUAUGCAUGUUUAGAAAACUGUCUCGGGUAAUGUUUGAUGCCAAAAUUUACAUAUGUAGUUGCAAUUAAUUAAGUAUGUAUAUAUGAAUAUAAAUAAGAAGUAAAAGAAAUAUGUGUCUGUGAAUAUAUUUAUAUGUACAUAAGUAGUAUCUGACUGGAAAUAAUCUCAUCUCCGACGUCUCAUAUUGCUAACACUUGAAUACCUCCAUAUGUAUUAAGUCCUAUGCAGUAAUGCAAAAUCAUAUGUAAUUAAAGUUAAAAUUCUGAUAAUUAUGUACUAUUUACAAAAUUUGUAAUGAAUGUACUUUGAUAUAUAAGGGUUCACAUAGGUAGCUGGAGGAUUGCUGAACCCUGAGAUGGUUCAAACUUGCAUAUUUGAGCUGACUUCCAUAUAAGAAUGCAAAGAUGAUCCUAAGCGUCUACAUACAUAGUGUCGAAUUUUUAUAACCUGUCACCUCAUUUGCAUAUUUUGACACAUUCGCAAGUUUACCCAAAAUGCCCGCAUCGCCGAAAAUGGACAUAGUGAGAUUUAUGCAAAUGAGGUGCCAAGCCUAAAUACGCGGAUAGUACAUAUUAGAUAAUAUGAAAACGUAAAAAAUUUAAAAUUAAAAUUGUUACGAAUUUUGAUUAAGUAUUUCCUGUAAAAUGCCUGUAUGCAGUGCAGCCGGGGUCGCUGGGCAGAAUUUUUAAGUCUGCAAGAGAAUUUUAUGUCAAUUAAAUAAGUUAGCAAACAAACAAUAUAUGCUGUUCAUUCGCAAACUUACUCCAAUCAAUUAAAUAAAUAUGUUACUAUGUACAUGUGUACGUCCUGCACAGAUUGUGUGAAA